UAUGGCUCACUUAAACCAAAAAAUUAUGAGGGUAUUGGGUGCAGAACUUAUUGGGCAAACUUAGCUAAUUUGACCAAUAUUAGCAGAUUGACUACUACAAUAAGCUAGAUGGAGUUGAAUUAUGAGGCCGAGCAGUUUAUGAAGACAGCUGAAGCAGCUAGAUCAGAAGUUCUGAAGGCAAUGUCAGACGUAGAACAGACGAAAACAAGCCUUAAAGUGAUAGAAAUGAGGUGGGUUGUAGCCAAGAAACUCGAGGAUGCUGCUAAGGCUGCUGAAUCUCUUGCUUUAGCUGAGAUCAGGACUUUAUCAACCAAUGAAAGCAUAUCAUUCAAUACUUACAAUAAUCAGCAAAAACCGGGGAGUAGUCUCUCAGUUGAAGAGUAUUCUGCAUUAACUGACAAAGCUCAAAAAGCUGAACAGAUAGAUGCCUUCAGAAGGAUUAAAGAAGCAUCUGAGGAGAGACUAAGUAAGAUGGGAUUCAGAAACUCUUUACCUGCACGCCCUCAAAGAGAUUCUAGGCUGCUCGAUUCAAACGAUUACGAGUACACAAGAAACAAUAAUGAUCAAUGUAAGCCGGCUGCUAGGCCUGCUACAACUUCAAUAGGAGACAUUUUGAGCAGGAAACUUGUUCUGAGGGAUGAUUUAGAGGUUGGCAGGCAGGAAGAAAGUGUUGGUGAGGGCAGGGGAGGAGGAGGGGGAGGGAGGCAAAGGGUGUCAUUGAAUCAGAUGUUCCGACAACAUAGAGGAGAAUCAACUCCGCCGCCUAAGAGAAGAGAUAACAAUGGUAAUGAAGGAGGGAAGAAAUUCUUCUCCAAGAGAAAGGCUCUAGGGUUUGUGCAUAUUUCACUUCCUAUGUCAAAGCAGAGUAAAAAUAAGAUUCAGAGUUUGAAUUUAUGGCGAGGGGAUGAUGAAUAGAUGAACAUUGUUGUUGUGUUUCUUGUACUGAAUGACAUAUUCUUUAUCAGCUUGUUUUGUGUUCCUUAUUGGUUGUGUGGUGUUUGUUCAUGCUACUCAUAUGCUUACAUAAGUAUGAUGUAUGUGAAGGGGUUGCUCUAUCUGAUUUGUACUUGUAUCUGGAGUGUGAACAGAUAUCAGUCCUGUGUUAUUUAUGCCUGUAUAACCGUUGCUCGAGUCAAAUAUCAGCUGUUUAUUUUCUCAAGAAUUAGUUGUGUCAGUGUUCCAAUAUCUCGUAAUUAAAGAUAUGACAUGAUUUUAGUACUCGAAGAAAACUUAAAUACUCUUUCUAACCGCUACUCAAACAACUAUGACCAAUCAGACAAUCAGUUAGUCAAAUCAGUUAACACAGUCUACUAACACGAUCAGCUAUGUUUUCACUAAACACGGCCUAUCUAAAUUAAUGAUGAUUUGAACAAAACACAAUUUCUAACUACCGCCCCAAUCACCAUCCACAUGACACAUAAUUAAAGAGCAGAUUCAGCUUAUUUAGCAUUGUAAAUUCAAGUGGUAGCAGAAAAAUUUGAAUAAUUGUCUUAUUAAUAGAAAACUAAAUCUUGACAGUCAAACACCAUACUCUUUCAUUGACUUUGAAAAACAUCUGAAUCUUUCAACCAGCCCAACCACAAUAGCUCACAAAAUUCUUUUCCAGAAAAACUAUACUCGAUAAUUCUCAAAUCAACCAAACAUUUCAAUUGACAAAAAUAUUCAGGCUAAAUAAAUAGUUAAAAAG